GCCGACGCCGCCGGUAGACGCGUCUCGCGCGAUGACUCUCAAACUGGACGUCGAAAAAUUCGACUUCGUGCGAUCCGUGUCUGACGUGUUCGAUUUUUGAAUUCUGUGUUUUGUACUGUGAACGUGUGUGCAGAAUGAAAAAAAAAAUCAUCAUGCCACCAAAAUACAGAAGAAUGGGACUUCAGUUAGGUAUAUUUUUGUUGCUGGCGUGCGCGUGCUCAGGCGACGGCUACAACUGUCCGUACGGUCACAAGUGCGGGUUCGAUCCCGCGCCGCCGGGCCGCGCGCCGCCCUGCGCCCAGCCGGGACUCACCUACUGCCUGCACCCGGAGCCUUAUCCAGAGCAUGUCAUCCGCAAGCUCGUCGAAGCGGGCCAGUACGACAUCCGGACUCUCCUCUCCGACGAGAGCCGCGAAGAGUUCGACGCCCGCAAGAAGGAAUACCCCUACGGCUACGGACCCAACUCCAUACCACACGUCGACCAGAUCUCCCUGGUUGAUGAGAAUCUGUAUAAAGACUAUAAUAAGUUCCAGUGGUUUAAUCAUGGCACAUUUUCCGAGAAGACUCCCUUACAACCGCCCGCCGCGUUUGACCCCACGCAGUACAACAUCAAGAGGUUCCAGGCCUCUAACUAUUCCAAAUUCGGCUUCCAAGGCCAGGGUUAUCAACCAGGUUAUUUUGAUUCGACCAACCCUUACGACUAUGAGCGAAGGUUGAGACAGAGCGGCCAGGUGCCGCUGUUCAACCCUAAUUAUUUCAACACACAAGUGUUCCCGAAUCAAGGAGACUGGCUGCCGCAAGCAUCGACCGGUGUUACUCACUAUAGUCCCAAGGAGUGGUGGAAAUACAUAUCGCCGUCCCACUCUGGCACUGACGUCACAAUUCAACGUUCUAUCACGUUCCCAACUCGGACGCUGAAGCGGCGACGCCGGAACGCCGAGUUAGUCAAAGAGUCGGCGAAACGAACUCUAACUGGAGCUGAGGCACUACGGAUAGCUUUGGGGUUGGCUAAUGAAGACGCAUCAGCCGAACGUCCGCGGCGGCAGCUUGCUGACAACGCGGAAGAGCUGUGCCGCGUACGCACUCAGUACAUCACGCCGCGCGCCGCACUCAACAACCGCGGCAGCUGGAAGUUCGUCGUCAACAUGCCCGACAACAUGACGCAGCUCGUGCGCGCCGAGAUCUGCGCAUCGACGGAGUGCAGUGGAAUCUGCACCGUGCCUGCCGGCUACAGUUCUCGCUGCGAACAGAAGUACAUCCAGAAACGCUUGGUGGCGCUCGAGUCCAGUGGACAGAACCUUUACACGGACAUAUUUUGGAUCCCCAGUUGUUGUCAAUGUACGAUAAUAAAUAAUAACUAAAAAUUUAUGUGAUUCUGAAAAUUGUGAGAAAAAAGUUCCGCUAUUGGACGCUAGAUGUCGCUAGGCGUUGUAAGUUUAUUGUGGUUGUGUUUAGAUUGAGUUUUUAUUAAUUAUUAAUUUAAGUUGAAACACUGCCUUUUAUAAUUUCUACAUGACCUAAUAUUUGAAGUUAUUUGCUUAUGUUUGAAUGCUAGUGUGAUAUUUUUGUAUG